CGCGCUUUAUAACGCUAGCAUUACAUGCCGUCGCGGGGCCACGCCGAUGCGACGACCGCGGAAACGGCGUCGCUCAAGGCGCAGCUCCACACGCGCAUCCAGCAGGCGACGUCGCGGAACGAGGCCGCGGCCCACGUGAUCGCCGCGAUGCAAAUCGAGCUCAAGAUGAAAGCCAUGCGCAUCAAGCACGCCGAGCGCCAAGUGGCCAAAAUGCACGCGGUGCACACGCUGCAGAUGAAGCGCCUCAUCAAGAAGGACCUCGUGCACCUUACUCGCACCGACAGCAUUCGCAGCAAAUUGGAUGCGAGUCAGUCGAUCGUAAACAAGCUACAGGCAGAGAACGACGCCUUGGACGAGAAGAUUGCGCGCGUUGACGACGCGAUUGGUGCGCUGCUGAAGCAAUACGAGGCCGCGAUCGAGUCGCACGCGACAAGUGUCCAGCGGCUCCUCGGCGAGCAGCAGUCGAUGCGCAAAGUGGAUUUUGAAGUCGAGACCGUUGAAGACGUGCACGCGAUCCUGGAGGACUUUCAGUACAUCCUGAGUCAACACACACCCGAGCGACGGUUUGUGCUCAAGUCCAAGCACCUGACGCUGAGCACGCUACGGCCCACCCACCUCACCGCCAUGGUCCGUCCGCGAAGAUAUUAA